AGGAGCUCGACGAGAUGAGGCGCCUUCAUACGGAGGAAGUGAAGCGUCGCGAGGCGGACUUCGCCCAGGCCUCCGCAGAUGCUACAGGGAUGGCCGCAGCCAUGGAGCAGCUGCGCUCCGAGCAUCUGGCGGCGGUGCAGGAGGGCGAAGCGCUGGAGCAACGGCGGAAGGAGGAGGCCGAGACCGCCGAGACCCUUCACUCGGAGCAGCAAGCAGCGGAGCGGCGGGCCGAGGAGUUGGACGCCACCAUCCAGAGGUUGCAAGAUGCUGUCGCCGCAGAGACCACUGCGCGCGAAGAGAAUGACCGCGCGGCAGAGAACAGAGCAGCAGAGCUCCAGCAGAAGAUUGAGACGUUGCAGGACGAGCAUGCAACGGCAGUGAAAGAGGGUCAUUCCAUUCAAACCAAGGCCGGUGAAGACAUCGCUGACCUCAACAGCCAGCUGGAGCAAGUUCGAUCCGAGUACUCAGCCGAGCGGGAAGGGAGAGCAACUGAUCAGCAGCAGGCCGAUUUCACAGCGGAUGAGUUGAGGGCGACGAUUCGAAAACUGGAAGAUGCAGUGGCGCAAGAAACCACCGCACGUGAAGAGGAUGAAAGGGAGGCAAAGAGCAGAGCUGAACAGCUCCAACGAGAACUUGAGACUGUGCAGGAAGAGCAUGCCUCUGCCGUCCACGAGGGGCAGGUUUUGAAAGCUAAAACCACUGAUGACAUCGCGGACCUCAACUCACAACUGGAGCGGGCUCGAUCCGAAUAUUCUGCAGAGAUCGAAGGAAGGGAAGCAGACAACAACCAGGCAGAAAGUGCAGCAGAUGAAUUGAAGGUCACCAUUCAGCAGCUCCGUGACGCCGUGGCCUCCGAGACCGCGGCGCGGCAGGCGCUGGAGAAGGACGCGGACGCGCAGACCCGCGAGCUGAGCCAACAGGUCAGCGAGUGGCAGGCCAAGCAUGCCGCCAGCCUCCAGACAGCAUCCGAGGAGGCGGCGCGCUUGGGCGAAACGCUGCAGCAGUGGCAGGCGGAAUGCGCGGAGGAAUUGGCCAUGAAGGAAGAACAGCUUCAGCGGGUGGCGCAGCUCUCAUCAGAGGUAGAGACGCUUGAAAGGCUCAAGGAUGAAGAGUCCCAGACAGCAGAAAGGAAACUCAUGGAACUGAAGCAACAGAUGGAGGACCUUGGAGAGCAAAGCCAAAGGAAGUUAGAGGAUCAGCAAAAGGCGGCAGAUCAGGCCCUGGAGGACGCCCAGCAGCGGGAGAGGAACGUCUUGGCGGAGAAAGAACGAAGCACGGCACGGAGUCAGAGAGGAAUCGAGAAGGAAGCUGCCCAAGUUGCGAGGGAUUUGGAAGCGCAGAAGGCGCAGCUCAGCAGCGAACUGAAGGAAACCAUGGACUCCUUGCGCCGCGAGGGGGCACAGCUCUACGCGGCCGAGGAGGAACGGCAGCGGAUGGAGCUGCAACACUCGGAGGAGAUGGAUCGCAUCAAGCAGACCUAUUCAAAGGAGAUCGCCCGCAUGGAGACGGACUUCGCCAAGGUCUCGGGCGACGCCAGCGGCCUGGCCGCGGACAUGGUGCGGGUGCGCUCCGAGCGUGCCGAGGCCAUCGAACGAGGCGACAAGUUGGAGGCCAAGGCGAAAGAAGAUGCGGAGAGGAUGACACAGCGACUUGAGCAAUUUCGCGCCGAGAUGGCAGCUGAGAAGGAGGCUCGCCAGGCAGAGACUGCGGAAGCACAGGACGCGGCCAAGGAGUUGAAUGCAGCGAUUCAAAAGUUGCAAGAUGCAGUGGCAGCAGAGACAAAUGCACGCGAAGAGAAUGAAAGAGAGGCACGGAGCAAGGCAGAAGACUUCCAGAGACAUAUUGAUACACUGCAGGAAGAGCAUGCAUCUGCAGUGCAAGAAGGGCAGUCCAUUCAAACCAAAGCCAACGAAGACAUUGCCGAUCUAAACUCUCAGUUGAAGCGUGCCCGAUCAGAGUACACUGCAGAGCAAGAAGGCAGGGAUGCAGACAACAAGGAGGCAGAAACCGCUGCGGACGCAUUGAAGGCAACAAUUCAAAAGUUGGAAGAUGCAGUGGCCGCGGAGACAACUGCACGUGAAGCGUUGGAGAAGGAUGCCGACAGCCAGACUCUACAGCUCAGUCAGCAAGUCAGUGAGUGGCGCAGUGCACACGCCGAAGCUGUGGCAAAGGCGGAAGCGGAGGCGGAGAAGCUUCAAGAGUCGCUGGAGCAGUGGCGUUCUGAACAUGCCCAGGAGCGCGCGACGAAGAUCGAGGAAAUGCAACGCUUGUCUCAGGAGGUGCAAAGUCUGGAGGAGGCUAAGGAGAAGGAAGGCAAUGACGCGGCCGAUCGCUUACAGCAGCUGGCAGCCCAGUUGGAGGAGCUUCAGAGAAGCAGUUCGGCUGAGGUUUCAAGCCUCUCACAGACGCUGGAGGAGGUGAAAUCGGAGUUGCAGCAAGAACUGGCGAAAGGUGCUGGAACCUCGCAGAGAUUGGAAGAACGAAUCCAGGAGUUGGCAGCCACGAAAACGCAAGUGGAAGACCUGGAAGGUCAGUUGAAGGAAACAGAAGAAGCUCGAGAAGCUCGAGAGGCCCAGUUGACCUCCGAAGUUCAUGCGGCCGCGCAAGAUUUGGAGGAUCAGAGCGCACAGCAUGCCAGCGAAGUGAGCAACUUGAAGCAGGACCAUGCGUCGGAGCUGCAACGUCGCGCGGAGGAGUUUGCCAAAGCCUCGGCCGAUGCCGCCGGCUUGGCCGGCGAUAUGGAAAAGCUGCGCGCGGAUCAUGCUGCAGCCGUAGAGAGAGGAGACCAGUUGGAGCAAAAGGUCGAAGAGGACAUGGCGCAGCUGUCGCGCCAGGCUGCAGAGGCGCAGGAACUCAACGAAACCAUCCAAAAGUUGCAAGACGCCAUUGCUGCAGAGUCGCAAGCGCGAGAGAAGGAACAGAAGGACAGCAGCGAACAGACGUCCCAACUGAGAGAAGAGGUGGAGAACUGGAAGCUGCAGCACCAACAGGUCGUGCAGGAGAGAUCCUCACUGCAAGAAGAAGUUGAGGAGUGGCAGACCGAACAUGCACAAGAAAUGGCUCUCAAGGACGUGGAGAUUGACAACGUGGCGCGGCUGGCGGCUGAGCUGAAACAGGUCACGGAGGAGAUAGAAGAGCAAAGGAAGCUCCUGUCGCAGGACUGUCGGACGCCAGAGGACCAGGCUGCCGCCGCGGAGAAGGACCUGGCCUCCCAGCGGCAGCUCUCGGAGGAGAAGCAGCGCGCGGAGGAACUGCAGAGGAGGUCCACAGACUUGGACAAGCAGCUGCAAGAACUUCAAGAGGAACGGCAAAAACUGCUGGAGGAGACAGAGAAACUCCAAGCCGCCAGGGAACAGCAGACGGGAGAAGCCCAAGAGUUGGAUCAGCAAAUUGCAGAGCUCAAGCAGCAGCAGAGUAGCUUGCAGGAUGAGCUUCGAGUGGCACAGCAAGAUGCCGAGGCAGCUGUGGUGGCCUUUGGUCGUUGUGAGGAUAAGGGUUCGACUGAAGCGCAAGCCAGCGACUUGGGCCAACAACUUACGGCGGCGAAGCAGGAGUUGGAAGCUCUCACCCAAAGACAAGGUGAGAUCACGAGCGAACUGGAAGAAAAGACCAAUGCCUUGGCAGAUCUUGGUCCCUCGGCAGCCUCGGCAUGGCGCCGAAAACGGCGACUCGCGGGUGGAGUUCUGACCCGCCAAACGCAGCAAGACACGGACGCGGAGUUGCGGAAGGCGCAGGAACUCAACGAGGAUCUCACAUCGAAGCUGGAUGCCCUGCAGAAGGAUUUCUCAGAGGCCGUGGCAGCUGGCAACGAACAGAGACUUGGGCACACGGCAAGAAAGAUCUCACGUCGAAAACUGAAGAGUCAAGGAAUGCAGCUGGGUGAUCAUCUGGCGUUAGCCUCUGAGUUGCUCGAGGAACAGAGCAAGCUGGCCGAAUCGCAGAAGGAUGCGGAAGAUCUUAAGGCACAGCUUGAAGCACUGCAAAAGGAACAGCAGGAGCAGAGCAUGGACCGAGAUCGGCACUUUGCAGAGGUCGAGGCGAAGACGAAGGCGGAUGAAAGCGUCAAGUCCCAGCUCCAGGACCAACUCGUGGAGAAGGAACGACAAAUCGAAGCUGCGGAGGCGAAGAUGAAACGAGAAGAGAAGUUGAACUCGGAACUGCAGGAGCAAAGCGAGGAGAAAGAUCGACAGCUGGCUGCGGCAGAGGAGGCAAAGAUAAAGGCAGAAGAAGAGUUCAAGUCGGAGUUGGAGGAGCAAAGCGCUGAGAAAGAUCGACUGCUAGCUGCCGCGGCUGCUGCGACUGAAGCUGCCGAGGCAGCAGCAGAGGAGGCGAAGAGAAAGGCAGAAGAAGAGUUCAAGUCCGAGUUGGAGGAGCAAAGCGCUGAGAAAGAUCGACAGCUGGCUGCCGCGGCUGCUGCGAGUGAAGCUGCCGAGGCAGCAGCAGAGGAGGCGAAGAGAAAGGCAGAAGAAGAGUUCAAGUCCGAGUUGGAGGACGAGAGAUGA